UCCUCGAGCUGUCAGUGACAGCAGCUCACAAGAAGCUGCAGACCCACACUCAACCACCCGGUGGUUUUUACCUCGAAAUAACAGCUCCUCUGCGUUUUAAUUCAAACGGAGCAAAGGCAUGACAGGAUAAACCCCUGUCAUCUCCACGGACUGACACGGGCAGGUAGCAGGAGGGCUAGUUGGCUGCUGGUUAGCUUGUAGGCUAAUGCUAGUAGACUAGUGUACGGUGUUUGGUUGUGUUUUUUGCCGUCAGUUGGCUACUUGCUAGCGAAGGUCGGAGGAGCUAACGUUAGCGGAUAGUCAAGAGCGUUUAGUUAGUCAUUCGGCGUCAUUAAGGUGUCAUUUUAAUAAUCUACUCUAAAGCUAAAUAAUUAUUUGUGUUUAUUUGUCACGGGGCUGUAAAGUGUUCCUGUUUAAUUCGUUUGUUAAUAUUGCUGAAUGUAUCGUUGCUAGCUUCUUGGCUAUGCUAACGCCAGCUCACAUCACAGGGGACUAGCUUGUGAAGGAAGGAAGAGAGGUGACUUAUGAUGUGUGCUGAGGGAAGCAGCAUACUGUUGGGCGAAGGAGAGCAGCAGUAUUAGCCUAAACACAUCCUAGUUUAUCCUACUGUUUCUUUCGUAUAGGGCCGUAGCGUGUGUUAAGCUGUUAGGCACGUUUGAUGUAGAAAAUAAUUCGUUGACUUUGAUUUGCGAGAAAUGAAAAGUGUUUGUAUUUCUGAGUCGUGAGCUAGUGGCCACUUGUGCCAGCUUCAAGGGGAGAGACACACUCUGUCAGGAUAAUCGCACAGAUCUGCAAAAACCAACUCAGAUUGCUAAAAGAUGGCUUCGGCGAGCAGCAUUGCCGCAGCUAUUGCGAGCAAAACGAAGACGAAGAAAAAGCACUUCGUCGCCCAGAAAGUGAAGCUCUUCCGUGCCAGCGACCCGCUGCUCAGCGUGCUCAUGUGGGGAGUCAACCAUUCGAUAAAUGAGUUAAGCCAUGUUCAGAUUCCCAUCAUGCUCAUGCCAGACGACUUCAAGGCGUACUCUAAAAUCAAAGUGGACAACCACCUCUUUAACAAGGAGAACAUGCCUAGCCAUUUCAAGUUCAAGGAGUACUGCCCUCUGGUGUUUCGAAACCUCAGAGAGAGGUUUGGCAUCGAGGAUCAGGACUUCUUGAACUCCCUGACACGCAGCGCUCCCUUGAACAGUGACGCCCAGGGUCGCAGUGGGGCGCGUUUCCAUACCUCUUAUGACAAACGCUACGUGGUCAAGACCAUCAGCAGUGAGGAUGUGGCAGAGAUGCAUAACAUCCUGAAGAAAUAUCAUCAGUUCAUCGUGGAGUGCCAUGGCAACACGCUGCUGCCUCAGUUUCUGGGGAUAUACCGGCUCACCGUGGAUGGAGACGAGACCUACAUGAUUGUUACACGCAAUGUCUUCUCUCACAGACUCUCCGUCUACAAGAAAUAUGAUCUCAAGGGUUCCACUGUGGCACGAGAGGCCAGCGAUAAGGAGAAGGCCAAGGAGCUGCCCACCUACAAGGACAACGACUUCAUCAAUAACGGACAGAAGAUCCACAUUGAUGCGGAGAACAAGAAGAUGUUCCUGGAGAAACUCAGGAAAGAUGUGGAGUUCCUGGCCCAGCUGAAGCUCAUGGACUACAGUCUGCUGGUUGGGAUCCACGAUGUGGAACGAGCUGAGCAAGAGGACGUGGAGAGCGAAGACAACGAGGCCGACGAGGAGGGCGAGAGUGACGGAGGGGGUGUUGGAACGCCCCCCGACAGCCCCAGCAACACCCUGGACAGCAACAAGCCUCUGUCCCCCGGAGAGUUUGAUCCCACCAUCGACGUCUACGCCAUCAAAAGCAAUGACACUGCUCCCAGGAAGGAGGUUUACUUCAUGGCGAUCAUAGAUAUCCUUCAGCAUUACGAUGCUAAGAAGAAAGCAGCUCACGCCGCAAAGACUGUCAAACACGGGGCCGGAGCGGAGAUCUCCACAGUGAACCCAGAGCAGUACUCCAAGAGGUUUCACGAUUUCAUCACCAAUAUCCUGUCAUAGCCUCCAGGAGUGACAGGGGGCACGGAGGCACAUGGGAAAGGGAGGGCAAGGGGGGAGUAGGGCGGGGAAGAGAGGUGACGGAGAGAAAAAGCAUCAAGAGGCUGAAUUAAUAAGGUGCUGUGAUGGCUUUGUAUCGCUCUCCCUCUCCUCGUCCCUCCCUGCUUCUCUCUCUCUUUCAGUGGCGUGCCACGCUCUGCAGCUAUAAAAAGAAAACCAUCAUUCGUUUACAUUUAACCUCUCCUCUGUUGACUUUUGUGUUACUCUGAUAAGGGUGUUUAAAGCAAGCGUCCAAGUCAUUACGUUUUUUUUAUAUUAUUUGUUUUUGUCUGUACGGUUGUUUAUGUGGGAAUUUGGCUUAUUUUUUUAUUGCCUCUAUUACAACAUCCAGCUCCCUGCUUUUGUUUUUAUGUUUGUUUUUGUCUUCUCAGUAUGAUAAGUAGGAGGGUAUGAUGUGUACAGUGCAGAGGUCAGAUUACGGCACAAGGCUUGAGCGGGAUGUAACGAGGACAUACAUGUUGAGCCUCGCCUGAUGCAAUUGCUUCAUUUCAGGAAGUGGGAAGCAGUCUUCCAAAAGGCCAACAGCCACACACCCCCACCCAAACGCUAUACUCAGCCAAACAAAUCUUCCCAUUUGCGUUGAUCCUGCAUCCCUCGCCCUUUAGACGCCACCCCUCCGUGUAAAGUUAAGGAGUUGAUCUUCUGGGUUAUCUUCUUGCCACACACUCACAACAAACACAUCUCAUUAGCUGAUUAGUUCACUUGUUGCACCUCAGUGGUUGUCCCUUACGCUUUGUUGUGAUGCACAGUGAUGAAGAAUCAUUUAAGGGAAGGAUACGUACCGUAAAAUGAGGAGAUUGGAGCAUACAAAGUGUUGUUUACUUGCAUUCCCCCUGAAUAUGCCGGGCAUUGUUUUCUGUGGCAGGGGAUGACCCAGAAGUCUUGUGUGGCUGAAGAGAUUUAAGUCACUCCUUGUUAUAUCUACAUACGGGGUGUCAGAUUGAAACAUCAACAGCCCUUUACUUUCUGUUGCCAUCAGCACCUUAUGAGUAAAUCAAAAAAAUGUUGCACUUUUAUUUGUUAUUAGAGGUUAGGAGCUCUUGUUCUGUUACAUGCGCUGCAACAAAGAGGACAAACGUGUUAGAAAUCCUGAUCCCAGAUCCCUCCUCCUCCGCAUGUACUCACCUGCUGGUGUUUCUUACUGUAGGGGUUGGAUGGGAAGACUUUACUGCAAUAUUAGACGGGAAAGUGGAUGAGUUCUGUUCACGGGGGUUUUUGUAAAAUGACGUUUCCGAUCCUUUUGGAAGCACUCUGUGGGGUUGAGGGAUCUGGGAUCAGCUACAGUGUGUCUGUGUUCAGGGCAGGCAGGAGACGGUUUACCUCCAGCAUCGUACCAGCACACCACUCAGUGUGUGUGUGUCAGUGUUCAAAAGUUGUAAAGGGAGAGACAGUGAAAUUAGGGGGGAGGUGGGGAAGAGAAGAAUGAACAGCGACAGCAUCGUUCUCUCCUCUCACCUCGGCUGGUAUUCAUCGUUGUUCGUGUUGUUGUUGUUGACAUUUUAAAGGUGGUUUAACUGUGUUUGAAUUUGGCAGUUUUAUGAAUUGAUGUGGUAAUAAUUUUUUUGUUUCUGUUUGAGGUUUUUUUGUAUAUUUUGCACAAGAGGAAAGGAACCAAAUGUUACGAAUACGAUCCCAAUUAGUUGAUACGGUCUUAACAAGGGAAAUGCAAUAUACUUGUGUGUAAGUGAGAAAAGUUGUUGUGCGUGUGACGUUGUGUAUCACUUUCUGGAUAACCAACUAAAAGUCGUCCUUCUUGACUAUUGUAACCCAUGCAAAAAGCUUCCAUCACAAUAUGUUUGUUUAUCAUAGAAUAUAUUCACAUUUAUAUUUUUACAUUGGAUUUUAGUCAUGAAAUAUAGUUGUAUUUAAAAAAUAAAAAUAAAAAUAAGGAGCCACCCUUGGGAAUGAAUGAUGGUGCUGUGGUAAAUGAAGAAUGAUACUGCUUGAAUUUAUACUCACUAUAGAUGUAAGAAAAAACCUAAAAAAAUUGCAUGUCACAGGACUAAGUUUCCUUCCCCUCUAUCUGUGUUGUUCUCUUCGUGUCCCUACACUUUAACCAGAUUUGUGAGCGUAAAAUAGUCCCUACCAUGCUUUAAAUACCUGUGUUUCAUUGUAUACACUGUGCAAGAUGUGUGCCUUUAUACUCCAAAAUUAUUUAAUUUUAUAUUUUGUAAUCUUUUUUUUAAAACAAAGGUAAAAGGUUAUUUUAAUAAUAGGGUGUUUACUUUGACCUGCAUUAUUUCCAACUUUAAUUUCAACCUCCUCGUUCUUCCACUCCAGCACCUCCUGUAUUGUUCAUAUUAUUCAGUUUAACAAAACCAUCUUAUGAUUGUGUUUUUUAACCGUCAUAAAAGUGAAUAUCUGUCUUGAAUUUUAAUAUGGUGGAUUGGUUUGGAUUCUGUAAAUUCAAAUCUGUCAUUGUGAUAAUUCAGUGUGUGCAGGCGUCUCUACUCUGAGGCGUCUGCUGAUAUUAACCCCUCGUUCGUUCACGCUGGUCCUGCCUUUAUAAAGAGUGUGUGUGUGUGUGUGUGUGGAAGUGCAUUGUGAUGGUGUUUUUGUCGUUCUCUAACUGGCGGCUGCUCAGGAGUCUGUCAGCAUGUUCAUCGCGUUUACCUUCGUAACCACAGAUAUCAGGAAUGUGAUUUUUGUUUUACAAGUUUGUCCACAAUUUCACUUCCCUUCGUCGAUGUAAAACCCAUUUCUGAACCCGGUUUAUGUUCUCCUGAGAUUUUGUGUCUACCACCUGCUUGUUAUCAGGGAGGUCAUCCGCUGAUAGGUCACCCUGAGUCAGUGGUUAAUGGAUAUUUCAGUGUUCUUUCUCUAUUAAUGGGCUGUUUUGUUUCUAUUGUCACGUAGCUCAUACUGUACAUAGGUUGUGUCAUAAAGAAAACAGGAAAUGAGGGAAGACUCAUCUUCUCCUCGUCUGCUUUGCUCUGUUUGAGGCAUAGCUGAGUAGAAAACAGAGCAGUGCAUGCUGGGAGAGUGAGUUUUUUUCUGUUUCUGUUUUGGGAAUAUUAACUCUGGUGAUGCCAGACUUUAACAGAUGCAAAUUUAAAGACGAUAAUAACACACUCGCUCUUCUGCUGUACUUUGACAUGUAAGGCUUUUGUGACUCACGAAUGAGCUCCUUCACCAAACCUGCUGCCACGGUAACUUGCCAAAAGCAUCUUUCAGCAGUCAGAACUACCCACCAUGAGCUUGAAGAACAUUGUGUACAGUGUAAUGUGUCUGUUUGUCUAAACUGAUUUUUUUUAACAUGCACUGGGAGAUGGUGCAUUCGCUGAUAUGUGAACAUGUCCAAAGUUUUGAGAAACAACCCUGUGUUCAUGUGGUGUUCAAGUGUUAAGGGAAUUACAAAUGCAAAUGAGCGAAGGCCAGGCCAGAUCUGCAGAGAUGGAACAUUUCCUGUGGCUUUCUAGGAUUAAAAAAAAAAAAAAAAGUCUUUCUGGACAACAGUUUUGAAAUGGAUUGAAUCCAUUGAAUUUGCAUGUCAACACAUGGCCAGGAAACAUCCUGCAGUCGAGCUUCGGUCUCACAAAAGUCCCAAGUUCUUUUAGACUACAUCUAAAAGACUUACGCAUUAGUGUAUGCACGUGUGUAUGUGUGAGUGUGUGUUAUUGCUGUCUGACAAUGGUUGGUGAGAGCUCCCUUUCAGUGGCAGAGAGGCCAAAAUGAUGAUGUACGUUUAUUGUUCUUCACAUUUAACGAUGAUGAUGAUGAUAAUACACUCCAUCCCAUAAGCUUCACUCAAACCAAUUAAAGCACUUGUUCUGCUUAACUCAAAGUUUA